AUGCUGAAGAAACCGCUGUCAGAAGUACAACCCCUAUCCCACACAACGCCCGACCCGCCAAAAGAGCCACCGAAGACGCAGAAGGAAGAGACAUUUGCAAAAGCCCGUAUAAUCUUUGGGUCUACGACGGCCUUGGAAGAACGUAAACAGGAGAUCAUGAAAUCGUCCCAGAAUGUUGCCGGCGUACUAGUCCCUCCGCGACCCGAAGAACCAGACAACUGCUGCAUGUCUGGAUGCGUGAACUGUGUAUGGGACAUGUAUCGAGAUGAGAUGGAAGAGUGGGCGGAGAAGAGCGCCCAAGCAAGAGCGGCAAUGCAGGCACAACGGCAGGAAGGAAAGGGAACAGGCAGCAUGGUGGCAGGAGACACAUCACCGAGUCAUGUUGCUACGAGUAUGGACGACGAUGGCGGUGGCAGUGAGACGAAUUGGGACACUGGUUUCGAUGAUGCGGAGAAAGACAAGUUGUUCGAUGAUAUACCCGUGGGCAUUCGGGAGUUUAUGAGAACGGAGAAGAAGUUGAAGCAGGCGCAGAAGAAGGCGGAAGCCGCUGCGGCAGCGUGA